AUGAGUAUAAAUUAUAAUUCAACAGGUAAAUAUCAAUCCUUAUAUUCACCGUCAUCAACCACUUCAACAUUCCCACCAUCUAAUAGGAACACGUUAUCAGUAACUGGUUCUUCUACUGCUUUCACUCAAUCAAGUUAUCCUAAAAGUAUCAAAUUAUCUCAAUUAUUAACUCAAGAACUGGAUAAUAUUGAAAGUCUAUGGAAAAUGUAUAAUAGGGCUAGAGAAUCUUUACCUUAUCAAGCAAGAAUGGAGAAUUUGACUUGGAGGAUGAUGUAUAUAAAUAAUAAGUCUAUAUUUACUAACAAUAAUUCAGCUAUACCUGGGAUUCAUCAUGAUGAUACAAAUAUCGUUGAAGAAAUUUUAGACCCUACUGGUGAUGAAUUUGAUUAUGUUGCUCAUAUAAGAAAAAUCGGACAAAAUAAUACUAUGAAUGAUGCUCAUAUGAUUAAUGAUGAUGAUGAUGACAACGAUGACGACGAUAUUACUGCUUCAACUGGCGGAAUGACUUCAAUAAGUACUAGAAAACGUCCUGCUCCAUUUUCUCCUUUGAUUCAACCAGAAAAACCGACAGUUUCAUUAUUAUCUGCCCAACUUCAUCAACAACAAACCUACCACCAUCCUCUUCAUCAACAACAGCAACAUAAUGGAAAUGAUAAGGAUCAUUUUAAUAAUGGUAGUUUUCAACCAAUGCAACAUGAAACUGUUGAAUCGAUUUCUUCGGCAUUUGAAUUUUCUUUAGAUCCUUUAGCAUUUGAAGGUCCAAAUCAAAACUUUCAAGAAUUUCAACUUCAUCAUCAACAUCAUGAUUCUGUACCUUCUUCAUUCAAUGAAAAACCAUUAUUUGAUGAUUUCCUUCAUCAUUAUAACCAUGAUACUUCAACUAGUAUAUCAUCUUCAUUAUCUACUGUUGUACCUACAAAUACUCAACUUUCAAUGACAUCUCCUCAAAAUAUCAACAAUAAUAAUAAUAAUAAUCAUGCAAGAUUUAAUUCAACAGUUAGUAUUUCUGCUAUGGCUCCAACUACUGCCACACCAAAUAGUUUAUUACGCCAAGAAUCUAUGAUUAGUUUACCUGAUUUCAAUCAUAGUAACAGUCUACGAUCUAUGUCUCAUACUCCAUUACAAACACAUUUUUCGUCUAGUUUUAAUGAAGGGUCUACAUUUGGUGGAAUAACUUUACCUAGUCAAUUAAAUCAACAACAGCAACAACAAGCACAUAGUCUACAAUCUGAAUCUAUAUAUUUUGAUGCUAAUCCAAAUGAUAAUGAUUUCAUGCUGAAUAAUAGUCAAUCCCUACCUCAUCAACAACCACAACCAUCAGCUAGAAAAACCAAGAAAAGAGUUAGUACAAAAUCACGUAAGAAGGGUACAACUAGUCCAGAAUCAACAUCGUCAAGUACAACAGUAGCAAUUACAUCAUGUACAAAUUGUGGAACUAAAACAACCCCAUUAUGGAGAAGAAAUCCUCAAGGUCAACCAUUAUGUAAUGCAUGUGGAUUAUUUUUAAAAUUACAUGGUGUUGUAAGACCAUUAGCUUUAAAAACUGAUGUUAUUAAAAAAAGACAAAGACAAUCUAAAAAAACCGAGGAUUCCACUAUUAAUAAUUCAAAUGUUACACCAGAUGGAGAUGAUUUAUUUCCUUCACCCUUAAAGAAAACAAGUAAUGGGAUUUCUAAAAAACCUUCAAUUUCAACAAUAAAUAAAAAGAAACCAGAAACUGGGGAUAGAAUAAAUGAAAAAGAUUUAGAUUGGUUAUCAUUACAACAUUAA